AUGUCUACUGAAAAACGGACAUCAACACAAGAAACUUUCAUGGCUUCAAAGGAUCAGAUCGUAGUUGCUACCAUUGCAUUUGGAAUGGGCAUCGACAAGGCCGACAUACGCAACAUCGUCCACUUUGCUAUUCCCAAAUCUAUCGAAGGCUACAGUCAGGAGAUUGGUCGAGCUGGCCGCGAUGGCUUGCCUAGCACAUGCAUAGCGUACCUGUGCCACGACGAUAUCCGGAUCAUGGAGGAAUGGUCGAGAGCAGACAUACCGAGCUUCCGAAGCAUCAAUGGUCUUGUUGGUGAGAUCCUAGAGAUGUACAAGUUCUCUAAGACAGGCGAUGUAAUUGAGCGUCAUUUGAAUGACGAGUCCCGAGAAUGGGACAUCAGGCUAGCGGCUCUAGGUCUACUCAACGCUCAACUAGAACUGCGCUUUUCCCUUAUUCGUGCCAUCACUCCUAAAUACUCCAAUUAUAAAUACACAAGAUCCUCUGGAUUCGAGGCGAAGACGGCCGACAGCUCGAAAGUCACAUCCACACUCAAGAAAACCAGCAAGACAACCAAGAAAUGGACGCAGAUCGAUGUUGACGUAGCAGCUUUCACAGGCGGUUUCCCAAGGGAAGACGCAGUUCGAAAACUCCAACAAUGGCACGAUUCCGGCGCCAUCGAAUUAUCACCCAGCGGCGUAGUCAACCGCUUUCGAAUCGUCAAUCCCUUUCCUAAGACGCAAGCAGAGAAGGAUGACAUCAUCGAAGGUAUUUACGAGCAAAUCAAGGCACGCGAACGGAGCGACAUGGAGCGCGUGCAGCAGGUCAUCGACCUUCUCACAGCUUCAGAAUGCAUCUCCACGAAGCUCGCGAGGCAUUUCGGCGAUGAUAUACUGGUCGAGUCGGGGAAAUGCGAGCACUGCAAUUGGUGCAUUACUGGCAAGGCUGUGGAGUAUUCGAGAGGUCAAAUGGUGACUAAAGAUGCGAUAAACGAGGACAAGAUCAAAGCCAUAUUAAAAGCAACGAGUGUGAGAGACGAUGCGAAUUUUCUGGCGAGAGUGGCGUUUGGCAUCAGUAGUCCUAGGGUUACGAUUGAGAAACUGGGGAAACAUGAGGUCUUUGGGAGCUUGAGUGGAUGUGAUUUUGAGGUCAGUAUCUGUUUUUUCCCCACAGCCAUGCCCCCAAGUUGUUGCUUUGGUGCGACGUUUUGA